AUGGCCCCUGAGGAUGAAUUCCUGCUUGAUGGGUAUGAAUACGUUGAUCAUUCCUCUGACCUGGUGUUGAGGCCUAGAGAACAGGGCGAGGGCCAUUAUAACAAAUGGUAUCUACCGGCAACGAUCACGAUGUGGUUGGACGGGGCGCAAGAAAAGGCUAGAGAAGGUGGUGGGAAGGAGGCUGUUUUGGUUUAUGUGGAUGAGAAACGGGUACGGAUGGGUCCGCCGAAGGAGGAGUAUGUUGGGAGGAUGAAUCGGGCGAUUCGGGAGGCGGAGGAGUUGGAGGUGGAUAGGGUUUGGGUGGGGGGGUUUUAUGAGGAGGUUUAUUCCUGA